GAGAGAAAGGGGAGGGUGUGUGUGUGUGAGUGUGUGCGUUGGUGAGAAGGGAGGAGGAAAAGAGGCAAGGAGGCAGCAUCAGACACCAGAGAGUGACGGAGAGUGAAAGGAUAACCGAGAGGAACGACAGAUCCAGAUCCUGAGCGAGAAGCAGACAGACAUAAAGAGAGGGAUACAGGUUACAUUCUGAGAGCUGAUCCAUGAUAGAAGCCAUGCCGGUCCUCUCAGCAGGUGCAGGGCUGCACGAGACGCUGGCCCUGCUCACCUCUCAGCUGCGUCCUGAUGCUAAUCACAAAGAGGACAUGGUCUUCCUCAGAGACGUUUUCAGUGAGCGGAGCCUGACAUACUUAAUGAAGAUCCAUGAGAAGCUGCGUCAAUAUGAAAGGCAGAGCCCCACGCCAGUGCUCCACAGCGCCUCCUCUCUUGCAGAAGAUGUUGCUGAGGAGCUGCAGAGCGGCCCCAUGAGUGUUGAGGAGAAAGAGCUGCUUCACUUGCUGACAUCACCUCACUUACGGGCGCUGUUGUCCGUUCAUGACACAGUGGCGCAGAAGAACUUUGACCCUGUGCUGCCUCCACUUCCCGAUGACCUCGAGGAGGAGCUGGAGGAAGAGUCGGUCAAGAUCGUACGUCUGGUCAAGAACAAAGAGCCACUGGGGGCCACCAUUCGGCGUGACGAGUCUACAGGAGCCGUCAUCGUAGCACGCAUUAUGAAAGGUGGCGCUGCUGACAGAAGUGGUCUGGUGCAUGUAGGUGAUGAACUUAGAGAAGUGAACGGCAUCUCAGUAAUGAACAAGAGACCAGACGAGAUCAGCCAACUAUUAUCUCAAUCUCAAGGCUCCAUCACGUUAAAAAUCAUCCCUGCUAUUAAAGAAGAGGACCGUCUGAAAGAGAGCAAAGUCUUCAUGCGGGCGCUGUUCGAUUACGUCCCUUUAGAGGACAAGGCCACACCCUGUCAGGAGGCGGGGCUACCGUUUAAGCGUGGGGACAUCCUGCAAGUCGUGAGUCAGGAUGAUGCCACUUGGUGGCAGGCCAAGAGAGUCGGGGACAGCAACCUGCGUGCUGGACUCAUCCCAUCCAAACAGUUCCAGGAGAGACGCUUGACCUACAGACACAAAAUGGGCAGUUUACCCAAUUCCAAAUCCACCAAACAGUCUGCAUACGACCAGGGAUGUGACAAAGAGGACUGUGACUGUGAGGGCUAUUUCAAUGGACACUACAUAGUCUCUUCGAAGUGUAAAGCGAUGGUGCCGUCCUGUGGCCAGGUGUUUUCCUGGGACUUUUAUACAGCUGGUCUGCGAAGGAGUUUCCGUCUGAGCCGUAAGGACCGGCGGAGUUCGUCGGGGGAGGCCAACGUGUCCGACCCCUCCGAGCCCGAGCUGCUCACUUAUGAAGAAGUAACACGAUACCAACAGCGGCCCAACGAGAGACCUCGACUCGUGGUGCUCAUCGGGUCUCUGGGAGCACGAAUUAAUGAGCUGAAGCAGAAAGUUAUAGCAGAAAACCCUCAUCGCUAUGCUGUGGCUGUACCACACACGACGCGGCCCAGGAAGAGCCACGAGAAGGAAGGGGUUGAGUAUCACUUUGUCUCCAAGCAGGCCUUCGAAGCUGAUGCUCAGAACAACAAGUUUAUCGAGUACGGAGAGUAUAAGGACAACCAGUACGGCACCAGUAUAGAGGCCAUCCGCUCUGUCCAAGCCAAGAACAAGAUGUGUCUCGUGGACGUGCAGCCUGAGGCGUUACACACGCUGAGGACCGCCGAGUUUAAGCCUUACGUCAUCUUUGUGAAACCGCGGAUCCCUGAGAGUCGUAGACGCCGCAGCGCUUCUUCUCCAGCAGCAGGAGAACACGGGAGAAUCACGGAGGAGGAUCUGCAGGAGAUGCGACAGUCAGUGCAGCAGAUCGAGCAAGAGUACGGCCAUCUGGUGGAUCACCUCCUGAUUAAGGAGGACACAGCGAGUGCCUGUUCAGAACUACGCGUCCUCCUCGAGCGUCUGGAGAGGGAGACCUUCUGGGUACCAGUCAGCUGGGUCAGGAACUAAAAACCUUCCAGCAUCCCAAAGCAGGACAACAUGGUCGGAUGCUAGGCUUUAGUCCUUCGGUGAAGAGCGUCACCGAGGACUGGAGACGGACAAGAGAGGACUCCAGGUCCUGGAGAAGAGGAACGAAAGGGAUAAUCCAUUAAUCUAAAAUCUUCUAAUAUGCACACACAGUAUGGACGAUAUGGAUUAUACAUAUGCACCACGGCUGCUUCUUUUUUUUUUUUUUCAUCUAAUUUAUUUAAACGAUCAUGAAAUUAUUCUAUUAACCACUUUUGGUAUUUUAUUGUAAAAAUCAUGCACUGUGUCAAAACAUAUUUCUUACUGCACAUCCCCCAAACGUAGGUGGGGUGGUGGUGUGUGUGGGGGGGGUGGGGGGUGGGGUUUUGGGUUGUUAUGGCGGUUUCACCAGAUGCUAUUUUUUUGCAGUUUUAAUGAAAUGCAUUCGACAGACAUUUUAGUGAUAUGAUACAGUAGGUGUGAUUAAUACGCAUUGUAGUUCCAUCUUGAUACGACAUGACAUAAAAUGUUAAGGAUAACCGUCAGCUCACGGUAGAGUGCAAAAGUUUGCGCGCCCACAGUAUAAACAUGCAUAAAAUGCGUGUUAGGUUUCAAAUGGUCAAACCAUGUAGUGUAUGUUAAGAUAUUAAUAGUGGACAAAUGAAAUGUGAAACUGAAUGUGAUAUACAGUGAUAUUCUGUAAUUUCUCGUUAAAACGUUGAAUUUCUCCACCUAGGAACCACAUCGGAUGCAAGCCUUUGCAUUCUGUUGUACAUUGUAAAGUGUAUUUGUGACAUCGAAAUCAAAAAUGUAAUUUCACCUUCAUCAGCCAUCGAUUUAAAAUGAAGACCAAGUCUCUGAGUAACCGGAAUGAUACAGAUAAAUGAAUGUGGAGGUAUUUUAACGCAUGAGCCUUUGGGUUUCCUGCUGCAUAUUAAACACAUGUUGAGCCCUG